GGGUCCUUCGUCAUUUCUGCACGGCACUCAACCUCAGCCCUUACUCAAUCUUAGAGGCUGCACUACAAUACGAUUAUACGUUAUACUCGUAUAGCAAUCAUUUCUAGGCAGACUUAUUCAAUGCGAAUACUCUUAUUGUUUAGUUGCUUGUUCGACCAAUGGAGUCAACCCCUACUAGGCUGACCUGGACUGACUGGAGACUGUCCGCGUAUCACGUAUCGUCAUCCACCCUCGUUUUUCGCAUUCGCGAGUCGUAUCCUUUCUCGUUAUUCGCCAAGAGCUCGGUUCUAGGGUUGACGUUGACUGGUCUGACAUUCGUUUUGGAUCGUGAUCCUUGUACUGGAGCUUACCCCUCGUUCGGAAGUUUCUUAAUUCAUCCAUCAUAUUGGCGUGUUUCCUCUAUAUACUAAGGGAUUAAGAUGGAGAUGAGACUGGGUUACGGCAUCACAGCGUCAACUUAUCCCAUCAUUGACCUACACAUUUUAACAGUUGUCAUCCUUGAAAACACUCAUUGUUCUGAGCAGGGUCCAUUCCCAGUUGAGGUCAUGGCCGACAUAUAAUUUCCCGCCCCUUGGAGAGCUUUCUCACCUGCAAAUGAUCAGGUCAAGUUUCGAGGCACCUACUGUAUUUGCGAGCAGAUUCUCGAGGCGAUAUGUAUGAGGUUUUGAGGGGGUUAGAUAGGAGAGCUCGCCUUGCUACUCUGUUGCAUUCGAACAGAGUCGAACUGACCACUUGUCUAGAUUACACCUUUGAACCCUAUCUCACAGCAAAACCAAUAGCACUCAUCACAAGUAUCGUGAACCUAAAUCUGUACACUUUAAUUUUAAUACACAAAAGUUUACUCUGAAGAACUUUUCUCUCAAAUAAUGGAUUUACGAGACUGGCCUCUUGUUUCCUCAUUCAUUACCUUCUCAUCAUGGCUAACCAAACAACCCAGCAGCCCAGAAUGAGACUUCGCAGCUCAGGCUGCCUCAGGUGGUCGUAUCUACCACAAGAGAUUCGCCGGAACAUUCUAAACACGAUAGUCGAUCAGAGAAAUCCUCGCUGGUCUGCUUUGGCCUCGGUAUCCAAAGAGUGGCAAAGCGUUAUCGGAACGAGAAACAUGGCCAAGCUGAACAUUCGGCCAUCUUGCUUGGAGGAUUUUGAGCAAGCGGUGGUUCGACAGAGAGACCUUGUGAGGCAUAUCUAUCUCAAUGUUGAUCUGACCGAAUACAAGUGCACUCUUUGCAAGAAUAAGUUUGCUGUCACCAUAGCGGAGAAAAAUAACCGUCUUAUGAGUAAGGCGGUUACAAAGCUUUUGACUAUUCUCAGCACUUGGAACACAACAGGCCCCUUGACGCUGGAACUCAACGCGUCGUCCGCUAGUGACUCGAAGCACUGGUUUAAGAACUUUCGUUUCAACGACGAGCACGAUGCUCCUUAUGGCCGAGACUCAGUUAUCCCUAUGGAAGUGAUGCAUAGUGACUGGCACGACCCCAAGCAUGGUUGGGAAAAUGGUGUCCGGGUGAAACCUCCCCCUAUCAGCGCAAAUAAGCGGCUAUUUGGGCUUAUCAACCUUAAUGGCCCUCCGUAUUCUAUUCUCAAUGUCAACGCAGUUACCCGUUUCAUGAUCCGUCGGCAAUUCCGCCAUCGUCUUGGUCCUCGCGAAUUCGCAUCACUUCUGUCCAAAUUCAGCCGCCUCACAGAUUUGGUUUACGAACCAUGGCCCCAGAAAUAUACAGAUUCCUAUCGGUAUCCAUGGGAUCCGGCAUUGAUUGGCAUGCAUUUGCCCAAGACUCUCAAAAGAGUAAUCCUAUUUCAGGACUUCAAACAAUACCUCACCGAGAACAUCCGUCAAGAUUUAGAUCAUUCUUAUUACGCAAUUCUUCCAAUACAUUGGUCGAAGUUCAAUCUCCCUGGCAAUGCCAAGAGCAUCGCUCAGACAAGUCUGAGACUCAAUGAACUCGCCGUCUCAUUCUUUAUCGAUGCCGUGAACUCCUUCAAGGCUUGCGAGGAAGAAUGGACAUGGGAUUACCUGCAAUCUCUAUCCCUAACAUCAAGUCUACUCCUGCAAAAUAUAAAGGAACAGAAGGGUCGCAUCGGUAGCCUUCUUAUCACCGCAGCAAAGUUCUUACUGCGAAUGCCGAACCUGACCACCAUGGCACUCUGGAGUGGGGGAACAGGGAAAGCAUGUGCUUUCAUGUAUACCAGGACAAAGCACUAUGCCCAUGUUACCUGGCGAGGAACCUGGGACCUGGAGAUCAGCCGACAAGUCCUGGAGGCAUGGGAGGGUGUUGCCAAGCUCCAUUCGGUGGAGCUCAGAGUCAGGCAUGAGCGCCUUCAGGAGAUCAUUAGAUCUCAUGGAGACGCCAUUUUCCAUCUCAACUUGCCAUGCCAGGUUAUUGAGCCUACAUCUCUCUGGCAGAUCCGGAUGGAGGACGCCUAAAGACUCUAAAGUAUGUUCUCUUGGUGCUUGAGAAUGGAAGUUUGCUCUCUAUUUGGGCAGAUGGCGAGGCUGUGUAGGCGGAGAGGCCUGUCAUCAGGGAGCAAGGAAUUUUCUGACCUUGAUCCAGGGUGUCAGAUAUUACUGCCUACAUUACUUAGGUUAGGUAGUCUAAAGGUCUACUCAACUUGCCUAAAUCUUUAUGUCAUUUAGGAUAGACGUCCUAAGUUUUCGUCUCUCUUAACCGAGUGUUAAAAGAUAUUUAGCACUUCUGGUAGCGUCACAGCAUCAAGAUAUGGCCUUCCAAUCAUCAAUUCAACUACUUUCGUAAACC